AUGGUAGCUGGCACAUCAAGUUUGCACGCCAACUCUUUUAAUUUACUAGCCAUCGAUAACAAUGAAGUAAGCGGUUUUCACGAUGAUAAUCACGUCAAGACCGGGUCGUCUGAAAGCCAACAUUAUGCAAAAAAUAAUAUAGGGGCAAGUAAACCACAGUCACUGUUCUUAAACAUUAUAUCGCAAAGCCCAUCAGGUGAAAAAUUGGGAAAACUCACUCGACCUGAUCAACUUGGGAAUGGCGGAGGGCUUACUAAUGCUAACCCCGAAUGGGUCAAUUUGGAGUUUACAGAUAUCGGCAAAUCGGUAUUUUUAGAUUAUCCGUUAUCCAAGGAUAGAAAAGACUUGAAAGUUUCGAGUAUCAAAACAGCAAUAACUUUAAAUGAUUUAAAUUUAUUGAUCAAUCUAUCAAUUUCUCGUGAAGGCUUGCUUUCCAAUGAACUUAGAUCCCAAGCAUGGCCUUUGUUCUUGGGAAUUACAAACAUCGAUGAUGCUAAAUUGUAUACAUUUGCCCAUGAAAAUGCUCCGGCUCAUAAAGAUGAAAGCCAGGUACUAUUGGAUAUUAAUAGAUCUUUUACAAAUUAUCCUAAAGAUAGAACUCAACUUCCGCUGUUGAGAGUCAACUUGGAGUUGCUUAUAUUCAAAAUUUUGAGAAAAUACCCCAAUCUAUCAUACUACCAAGGAUAUCAUGAUAUCGCCCAGUUGAUAUUACUUGUGUUCAAUAAUAAUGUGGAUAAAUCAUUUAUGUUUUUAGAAAAGUUGACCCUUAUGCACCUCCGGGAUUAUAUGGUGCCGACAAUUAACUCAUCGGUGAAUCAUUUAAAUUUGAUUUUGCUCAUCAUCUACAAUAGGGAUUAUAAUUUUUUCAAAAUUUUGAACAAUCUCAAACCGUAUUAUUCGUUGUCCUCUAUCAUUACUUUAUUCACUCAUGACGUCGGUAGCUAUAACGAUAUUUGCUAUAUUUUUGAUUUCUUGCUCUCAUCUUCAGCCAGCAGCGGAAGUGUUAUAUAUAGUGCUAUUUAUCUCUAUUCAGAGAUUCUUUUGUGCAAUAAGAGCCAGAUUUUAAAUUUGAUUUUCGAAAACAUUUUCAGCAAGAUAAGUGAAAGUACCGAGGACGUGUUGCCUAGUUAUACUAAUUCUUAUAUUAGUGAAAACGACACUUUGACUGAUAGUAUUUUGAGUAACCAUAGUACUGCUAUCAGUGAGGGUACCUUAAACCAAGGAAUCGAUGAAGCUAAAUACCAUAAGGAUUUGAUGGCCAGCGCGGAAACUUAUACAGCGGUUACUGAAAGUCAAUAUAGAAAUACUUCUUCAUUAUCUGGCAGCGAUUUUAUUGGAUAUGCUGACAGUGAUAUUGAGUUGAUUAAUUUUGAUUACUUGCACAACAUUUUGUCCAAUUUGGUUAGUGAUUUUAUCACAAAUAGUCGACUAACCACAGAAAACAAAUCAAUAUUAUUAGAGGUUUUCAAGAAGACUAAUGAAUUGAUGAAAGAUUCUCCGAUAUUCACAGAAAUUCUCGAAAUUGAAGGAUCAAAAGUAUUCCAGAAGACUACUGAUGCAAAAUCUCAAUUAAAAAUCUCCCUCAGUUCCUACUGUGUCCUUAAAAAUACUUCAAAGGUUAUUCCCGGAGGAAGAGGCACCGAAGGUAACCACUCAUUUGACCACCAAUCACUGUCGCUUCUUAAAAAUUCAGAACGAAAUUGUGCUAAAAAUAAUGAUCUAAGUUUGGCUGCCGAAAUAAUGAAUAAGCAAGUUGAAGAAGCUCUCGAGGAGCAGCGGCGCGAACGAGAAGAACAAGAGCGUCAAUUUAAAUUGAUGAUGAAAGAAAAAGCAACUAAGAGAAAUAAAUUGAAACAAUCCAAACAAACUCCAAUGAAUUACUUGAACCUCAUACUUUAUCCAUUGAACAACAACAACUCCGUGGUCGCCAGAUUUUUCAAAAACCACAGAUUUCUCAAGAUCAGCUUUCUCGUCGGUGUUAUUUCGGUAUUCCUUAAUAUUUACUUAUCCGAAAACUCAGAAUUUAAAUUCUUUCAAGGUUUAUAUUUUCCCAAAAAUCACAAUAUCCAAGCGAUGCAAAAUGAACUUUAUAGUUUGGGAAAAAGUUCAUAUUUUGGAAUCAGAACGGUUCUUAAUAGCCAUAAUAGCUUUAAUAUUAAUGGGGUUGUUGAUAGCUUGAGUCAUCUCAGUGAAAAAGUGUUCUCUUGA